GUCUAACCUAGUGGCUUGUCUGGCUUGUCUAAUUCUUAGCAGCAAUCGCGGUUACCUAAGGCGCGAAGUAACCCCCUGACGGAUUAAUACACACGCCGAUGUUUCGUCAUAAGCAGUUGCCUUCGGAUACAUGACCUACAUAGAGCUCUGAGGAAGGUCCAGUAGCUUCUGUGAAUGUACCUAAAUUCAAGAAACUUGAAACUAAACAAAAAGUCCACUUCUUGUUCUUUUUUUGAAAUAUUCACCGUCUCUGAUUUUAUCCCCUCAACUGUCUAUAUCUAUCUUCGGUCUCCCAUUCUUCUUAUCUUUUCAGCGAAGUAAGCCAAGUUUCCUAAAUACCGUGGAUUCAACUCUUUUGACGUCGACGAUCCGACUGCCAUGUCGUACAUGGCCCGAUCCGGAAUGAUGCGCGGCCCGGCCAUGCGCCGUUUCGACGAGUACUUCCGCUGUUACCCGAUUAUCAUGGCCCCCGGAACCGAGAGACCGGAGCUCAACUACGGUUCCAAGAUCUUCUUACCGCCCUCUGCCCUCCAGAAAAUCUCCCAGUUACACGUUCAGUGGCCCUUGAUGAUGGAGCUGGUGAAUGGCGAGAAGGAGCGCCAAACACACGCGGGUGUGCUAGAGUUCGUGGCGGAGGAAGGCAGAGCAUACAUACCGCAAUGGAUGAUGCAAACGCUACAACUGGACGUCGGCGACAUGAUCCAGAUAAAAUCGACAUCACUGGAGCUGGCUAAGAUGGUUAAGCUGCAACCCCAGUCGACCAACUUCCUUGACAUUAGUGACCCCAAGGCGGUUUUAGAGAAGGCAUUCCGGAACUUCGCUACGUUAACCAAGGGCGACGUGUUCAACUUCGAGUAUAACGACGAGGUUUACGAUGUAGCGGUCUUGGAGGUGAAGCCGGAGACGGAGAAGAUGGGUGUCUGUAUGAUAGAGACCGAUGUCUCGGUCGAGUUCGCACCGCCAGUAGGAUAUGUUGAGCCGCAGAAGGGCAGCGGUACUAGUACACCGAGAAGCACAAGGGGCGGCCUACCCGCUGGCGGAGUUAUGCACCCCCAAGGCACGAUGGCCCAGUCUAUCAACUACGACGCGAUCGCCCCCAAUGCUACAACAGCUGCGACCGGAGCCCGAGCGGUUUCAUCUCAUUUCCUAAAUGAGGGUCACAAACUGAGCGCUAAGAAAGGCUCCAAAGCUCCAACGCCAAAACCCACAACACCCGUUGCCGGCACUUCUACAAAUGCCGUACCCGUCCCGCGAAGACGGACGAACGGCCCCAUGCCUCUUCGCCUACCACCUAACAAGCUCUUCUUUGGUUACGAGGUCAAACCGGUUAAGACAGACGCGGACAAGGAGGCAGAAAAAGAGAAUGCGACUAGGCCGCACUUUGCAGGACAGGGCCAAACUCUCAGAGGGGCAGUUAAGCGGAAGGGCGAGGGGGAAGACAAGGGCAAAGCGCCCGAGAAGAAACCUGACGAUAGACGAAAGGCAUGAUGGCAUUGGACUAGGGGUGUACCAGGCGUUUACGGAGUUUCUCAAUAAUCCUACGGGCCUAGUAGAUUAAUGCGAUGACUACGACAUUCUCAUACAUCAUUAACAUUUAUCGGGUUGCAUCUCUCGAUGGGGUUGCGGGCUGGGCUUGUAAGCAUAAUGGUCUAGUGUGUAACGGAAAGUAUGUGUUCGCGCAGACUCGCUACGAGAACAAAU